ACUCUUUGCUGGAUGGUUUGCCCGGUCCAGCUCCAGCUCCAGCACACUGGAUAGCACUGCAGAGUGGGCCCGGGGCGGCCUCGGGCCCACACGCAGAGACACACUGUAUGGUGCGAGGAGGGCCCACGUGCGCUGCGCCGCUGCCUAGCUGGCCGGCCUUCCUUGGAUGGACGUGGUCGCGCCCGCGCCCUUGCCCUCUUCUAUAAACCGUACGUCGACUUCGCCGCCCGGCUCGCUGGCUGGAGUUGUGGACGUAGCUGGGGCCUGUGGGACAUGGACGGACGCGACCACCGUAGGAGGCUGUCGGCGUCGGGGUCCGGCCGGCGGGAGCGGCUCGGGCCGGCCCCCAGCCCCGCGUGGUCGCAGCAGCUCUCCGUCGGCAGCGGCCGGGCCAAGUCGCUGUUCCGGUCCAUCGGCGUCUGGUUCAGCUCCCUCUCCACGCCGUCGUCUCCCACCUCCGCCAAGAAGAAGCGGUCCAAGCAGGCGCCGGCGCCGGCGCAUGACGACGCCAUCAAGAAGCCGCCUUCGUUCGGCUACGGCACCGAGCGGGCGUUGAUGCUCCGGGGAGGAACGGCGAGAGGAGGAGGAGGAGGGCUGUACGGCGGCGGGCGGAGGAGCUUAUCGCAGACGCAGCAGCAGUACCAGUUCCAGAGCUCGGUGUUCACCAUGGAGGAGAUCCUCAAGGCCACCAGCAACUUCUCGCCGGCGCUCAAGAUCGGCCAGGGCGGGUUCGGCGCCGUGUACAAGGGCGUGCUCCCGGACGGCACGGUGGUGGCGGUGAAGCGCGCCAAGCAGCGGAUGCAGAACCCGCACGUGGACGUGGAGUUCCGGAGCGAGGUCAAGAUCAUGGCGCGCAUCGAGCACCAGAGCCUCGUGCGCUUCUACGGCUACCUGGAGCACGGCGAGGAGCGGGUGGUGGUCAUCGAGCAUGUCCCCAACGGCACCCUCCGCGAGCACCUCGACCGACGCCACGGCCGCUUCCUCGAGCUCGCCGCCCGCCUCGACGUCGCCAUCGACGUCGCGCACGCCGUCACCUACCUGCACAUGUACUCGGACCACCCCAUCAUCCACCGCGACAUCAAGUCCUCCAACAUCCUGCUCACCGCCUCGCUGCGGGCCAAGGUGGCCGACUUUGGCUUCGCCCGCCUCGGCGCCGGCGGCCUCGGCCACGGCGAGGGGGGCGGUGGGGCGAGGCACGUGUCCACGCAGGUCAAGGGCACCGCGGGGUACCUCGACCCGGAGUACCUCAAGACGUGCCAGCUCACGGACCGGAGCGACGUCUACUCCUUCGGCGUCCUCCUCGUCGAGAUGGUGUCCGGGCGCCGCCCCAUCGAGCCCAAGCGGGAGAUGAAGGAGCGGCUGACGGCGCGGUGGGCGAUGCGGAAGCUCGUCGAGGGGAAGGCGGCGGAGGAGGUGCUCGACCCGUGCCUGCUGCGGACCGGCGCGGCCGCCACGGCCGUGGAGGCCGUGCUGGAGCUAGCGUUCCGGUGCAUGGGGCCCGUCCGUGACGAGCGGCCCAGCAUGGACGACUGCUGCCGCGCGCUCUGGGCCGUCAGGAAGACGUACAGGGACACGGUGUCCGCCAUGGCCGCCGCCGCCGACGCCUUCUCCGACCGGGCCAGCUCCUCCAGCGCCAGCACCGGCACCAGCACCACCGGCGAUUUCUGCCGGAUGUAGUUUUGUUUUGAUUUGGCCUUCUUCUUGUAAAUAUUUAUUUUAUUUUUGGGAACACGACACUUGAACUAUAUAGCUUUUUUUUUGCGGGUGAGUGAACUAUAUAGCUUUAAAGACUUGGUUGAUCAAAUGGGCCAAUUGACCAUGAACCAAGCGACUUGUAAUUAAACACUUGAUGUAAUACUUAUACAAAUUAAAAUUU